GGUUAUGUUACGUAGUGAUGAUUGUACUCCAAGUGAGCACUAAAUUCAAAGGUGAGUGAGUGAAUGAGUGCGUGGAUGAUGCGGGACAAGAGCAGCUGAGGAGGAACCGGCGGUCAGACGCAGCGCCGCCCUCCGCUCACUCGGGAAAUUUUUAAAACACGGAGCUCCUUCACGCACGGCACGCAGAAGGUCACCGGCAGCUAUUAGCGCAGGACACGAACACCAACACCUCCACUCACCAAAGACUGCAUCGAGCUGGGACAGUGAUGCCGCCCCCAGCCGCAAAUGCCCCCGUCGUGCCUCCACCUGAUGGCGGUUGGGGGUGGGCUGUGGUGUUCGGAUGCUUCAUCUCCAUCGGCUUCUCGUAUGCUUUCCCCAAGGCCAUCACCGUCUUCUUCAAAGAAAUCCAGAUCAUCUUCGAUGCCUCCUACAGUCAGAUCGCAUGGAUCUCAUCCAUCAUGCUCGCGGUCAUGUACGCCGCAGGUCCAAUCAGCAGCGUUCUGGUCAACACAUAUGGCUGCCGGCCCAUCGUCAUGAUGGGGGGCACACUGUGCGCCACUGGCAUGAUCUUAGCUUCCUUCUGCACCAACGUGUUGCAGCUUUACUUCUGCAUAGGCGUUAUUGGUGGGUUGGGUUUGGCCUUCAACCUACAGCCAGCAUUGACGAUGAUCGGUAAAUACUUCUAUAAAAAACGUCCCAUUGCCAACGGACUGGCAAUGGCCGGUAGCCCAGUCUUUCUCAGCACAUUGGCUCCUCUCAACCAGUAUCUGUUCAACCAGUUUGGCUGGAGAGGCAGCUUCCUUAUCCUUGGAGGAUUGUUGCUGAACUGCUGCGUUGCUGGUGCCCUCAUGAGGCCUCUUGGCCCAACACCCAGCAAGGUCAAGAAGGAUGAAGAGAUUGGCACUAUUGUCACCACAAAGAAAGCAAAGCACUCUCCUUGGCAAAUAGUCAACAAGUACUUAGACUUGACCCUCUUCAAGCACCGUGGCUUCCUCAUCUAUUUGUCAGGCAAUGUCAUCAUGUUCCUGGGAUUCUUUGCACCAAUUGUCUUCCUUGCAGCCUAUGCCAAGGACAUCGGUGUUGAUGAAUACUCUGCUGCUUUCCUGCUCUCAAUAUUGGCUUUUGUGGACAUGUUUGCCAGACCAUCCAUGGGCUUGUUAGCCAACUCACGCUGGAUCCGUCCUAAGAUUCAGUACUUUUUCAGCUUUGCUGUGCUCUACAAUGGGGUUUGCCACAUACUCUGCCCGCUGGCUGAAGGCUACUCCGGUUUGGUGGUUUAUUCUGUGUUCUUUGGGUUUGCCUUUGGCAUGGUCAGCUCAGUGCUGUUUGAAACGCUGAUGGACCUGGUUGGGGCUCAGAGGUUCUCCAGUGCAGUGGGACUCACCACCAUUGUUGAGUGUUGCCCUGUCCUACUUGGCCCACCACUAGCAGGGAAACUGGUUGAUGUCACUAAAAAUUACAAGACCAUGUACUUUUGCUGUGGAGCUGUGGUCAUCAUAGCCAGUAUUUGGCUCUUCAUUGGAAACUUCAUUAACUAUAGACUAUUGGAGCGUGAGCGCAAGCAUGCAGAGAUGUACAAACGGACUGAAACAGAAGAUCAAGUUCAGGAUCAGAAGAAGGCUGUUGAGGAAGCUGAAGCUGCAGAGGAGCUGGUCAACAAAAAUCAGAAAGAUGCGGAACCUAUGCAGCAGGAAACCAAUAUCUAA